AUGUAUGACAAUCUUGGGAAACCAAAGAACUUAACCGGAUGGGUGAGAAUAAGAAUAGAGGAGGAGGAGAAGGAGGAGAAGAAGAAGAAUGAGAGUGAGAAUGAGAAGGACAAAAAGGAGAAGAUAGAGGAAGAGGAGGUAGAGGCCGGAGAACAAAUGGCGAAGGUAACAAAGUCAAAGUCAGAGGACAAGGAAAAAGAAUGGGUGAGAAUAAGAAUAGAGGAGGAGGAGGAGAAGAAGAAGAAUGAAAGUGAGAAUGAGAAGGACAAAAAGGAGAAGAAAGAGGGAGGGGAGGUAGAGACAGGACAACAAAUGGCGAAGGUAACAAAGUCAAAGUCAGAGGACAAGGAAAAAGAGUUAGAGGCGUCGACAAUGGAGGAAGAAGAAACAAAGAAGAAUCGAAUUUAG